CGCGCGCAAAGCCGACGCCAAAGCAAUGCUGCACCUCUGCACCCGCCGCCUCGCCCGACGCGCAAGCACCGGCGUCCAUAAACAGACAGGCGACCUCUCUCCUGGGCUCCGCUUCCCCCGUAGCGCCGCCCAUCUCGCAAAGCGUCGCCGAGAAGAAUGCAUGGGUCGUCUUUCGGCGCCGGCCCGCGGAAACGCGACCCUGGGCCGCCGCCUAAAUCCCCGCGCGACACGCAGGUCCCGCGGCGCGCUCUCGCGCUCGGCGACCACUUCUUUUCCAAGGACGGCGCGCUCCGACGGGACCCUACACAAGUUUCCCACUUCGAGCUCCUCGGAUUACCGAAGGGCCUCGACGUCGACGACGAUGCGCUCGACGAGGGCCUGCGUGUCUUGCAGCGACGGCUCCACCCGGACCGCUUCGCGACCUCGACUCAGGAGCAGCGGGACCUCGCGGACGCGGCGUCGGCGCGCGUCAACGGCGCGACGGCGGUCCUGAGAGACGAUCUGCGGCGGGCGGACUACCUGCUGCUCCUCGAGACCGGGACCUCCGUUUUAGAUGAUGAGACGCGGACCGCGCCGCCUUCAUUACUGAUGGAGGUCAUGGAGGUGCGCGAGGCCAUUGACGAGGCGACGGACGGCGGCGCGCUCGAGGCGCUCGUCGCCGCGAACGACGCGCGCGUUGUAGAUGCGAAGGCGCGGCUCCGCGCGGAAGUUGAUGGAGGCGACCUCGAGGCCGCAUCAAAUGUCGUCGUGGAGCUCAACUUCUACGGCAAGAUCGAGGGCGAGGCCCUCGCGAAGGCCGACGGCGAGGGCUGGAGCGUCGCGUUCGGGGACCGACGGCGUCAGGCAUAGUUUUAGGUGUUGUUAGGUGUGUUCUCUAGAACGUGCCGCCGUUGUAGCCCAUAUUCGAUCGCUCGGAGUCAAAGAAAUUGAUGUAGUAGCGGCCCUUGGACACGCCCAGCUCGGCCUCGAGGAUGUCCGCGACCGCGGCGCUCGUCGCCUUGUUCGUGUCGGGGUCGAUCGAGCCGAGGGAACUGAGAUACAAAAACGCGGCCGGGUCAGUCGUUCCGCCGUAGCACCUGCGUGGAAAUCAAGUUUCAGGCACCCCACCACGCGACGUACGGUAACUGCGGCAGCUCGAUAACCUAACUAACUGGUUGAUUUCCGCACAGCGUAACACAUCGCGUCGACCUUCUGAAACGUGACCAUGACGUACGACUCCGGCUUGCCGAGGGUCCCCGCCACCGUCGACGAGAGCUUCUUGCACAGCUCCUCGGCGCCGCUUUUCGGCGUCGCGGCAGACUGGACGGCGAGCGUCGGCAUGGCUACGAAUCUGCCGCGGGCCUGCUUGUAACCUGUGCGACGCGUGCGUACUUUAAGGGUUGCAAAGGCAAUGCUAAGGGCUGCAAAGGCGAGUGCUCUCCCACACGAGUGCUUCGAGUGCUUCCCACACUGGCUUAACCAGCUGAGGCACCAAAAGCUCUGCCGACGAGCUUCUGGCUGGUUUUAAAGGCGUUGCUCGGCGAGGCCAACGCGGUGACUAGGAUCAGGUUAAAAAGCAUGCGUACGGUGCUUAAUAGACUGCACGCUCUGCGCACG